UUCUGUGCCUGUUAGCAGAGUUAGCUUUCUUCUGCUGUGUCUUAUGAGCUGAAUAUUUAGGUUUCCGCACCAGCAAUGUCUCUGUCUCAGUCUCUGAGAGACUUUAUCAGGGAGCGACUGGCCGCUGCUGCUGAAGAAAUAUUCACAGAGUUUGAUAAAACCGUCGUCGAGUUCGAGGCCCAGCUGGACCGUCAGCGGAGGCUGCUGGAAAUCUGCUGGAACCCCCAAAUAGAUCUGCAGAGAAUAGACCUCCCACAGCAUUUUGUCUGGAAGGAGGAGGAAGUUAUUACUGACCAGCAGCUCUGCAACCAGGACAAGAACUUCAGUUUGGGCCAAGAAGAACAGAAUGGACCAGAAUCUCCCCAGAUAAAAGAGGAACCUGAACUAACACAGAUAAAAGAAGAGGAGGACGAAUGUUGCAUCAGUUUGGAGAAAGAGCAACUUGAACUGAAGCAGGAGUUUGAUAUCAUUGUAGUGAGUCCUAUUGAUGAAGAAGGAGCGAACCGAGAACCAGAUGUUUCUUUGAUGAGCCCAGAACCAAACUGGGACCAGGACACCGUCCAGAUCUCUUCUGACCAGGAAAGAAGCCACCAUGAAGAAUCAAAAUCAAGUAGAGCGAGAGAAGAAGAACUCUGGUGUCAGAAAAUCAGAGGUCAUAGUGGCGACGUAGUAGACAACCCAAAGGUUAAAAGGCUGAAGGAAACACGCCUGAAUAACAAUUUGUGCUCUUGUAAUGUUUGUGGUAAACUUUUUACUCGGAGUAAUUUGACUAAGCAUGUGAGAACACACACCGGUGAGAAGCCGUUUUCCUGCAUGACCUGUGGAAAAAAAUUUGGUCAACGAUAUCAUUUGACUGUUCAUAUGAGAACUCACACAGGUGAGAGGCCUUUCUCCUGUCUGACUUGUGGAAAAAGCUUCACCAUGAGAAUCGCGUUGACGCGUCACGUGAGAACUCACACUGGUGAAAAGCCUUUCUCGUGUGUGACCUGUGGAAAAAGCUUUGGCCAAAGAACUCAUUUGACUGUACAUAUGAGAACUCACACUGGUGAGAGGCCUUUCUCCUGUUUGACUUGUGGAAAAAGCUUUACCCUGCAGAUUUCACUGACCCGGCACAUGAGAAGUCACACAGGAGAGAAGCCGUUGUUGUGUGUGAUCUGUGGAAGGAGUUUCAGCGAACAAGGAAAUUUAUCUCGACACAUGAGAACCCAUACACGUUAGUUGUUUCAGAAAA